CACCUGUUUUUUGCGAUAUUUUGCUUAAAACAUGCGAUCACACAAACCCAGUCGCAGACGGUAAAAAAAAAUUCAAUAUGGCCGACGUGUUGUUUUUUUUUAUGGAAAAUAACGCGAGAAGGACAGAGCGGGAGUUCCGGCCCCGUCUGGAGAUAGGCGGGGUUCGCGAUAUCGACUUUGUGAAUCGGUAUCGGGUAAACAGAACCACCGCACAGGAGCUAGUGGAGCUUCUGGGGCAGGAUCUUGCCAGAUCCGAACGUGGCGGAAAAACAAUUUCGCCAGAGACCAAGAUCCUCGUCAGCCUAAGAUUUCUUGCGAAAGGGGCAUUCUAUUCUGAACUAGCCGACACCCAUGGCAUCAGUCGCUCGAGCGUGUCCAGAACUGUGCAUAACUUUGUGGAGUCUGUCAACAACAACCUGGACAAUAUUAGGUUUCCAAUCGACAGAGAAGAUGUUGUAAAAGAGAAGAGGGCAUUUUACAACAAAUGUAGACUUCCGAAUCUUGUUGGAGCAGUGGAUGGGACCUUAAUCCCAAUCACUACUCCAACUGUAGAUGAGGAAGUCUACGUUUGUCGAAAAGGUUACCACGCCAUCAACUGCCAGGCGAUUGUAAACACAAGCUUGAAGUUCAUUAGUGUUGUGGCGAAAUGGCCGGGCUCUACCCAUGAUGGAGCGGUAUUUGAAAAUUCAAGAAUUAAGGGACAUCUUGAUGCUACAGCAAAUGUAGUUCUUCUGGGCGAUAGUGGAUAUGCCCUGAGCCCCUCCCUACUCACCCCCAUAAUGAAUCCCCGUUCCCAACAGGAAGAGCGGUACAACCGCAGACACAAGAUGGGUCGGGAAGUUGUGGAACGGGGAUUCGGGAUAUUGAAGUCCAGAUUCAGAUGUCUACAUCGAUCAGGGGGUGUUUUGCCAUACAAGCCCCAUCAGUGUGCGGCCUUGUUUGUAGCGUGCUGCCGGCUGCACAAUCUGCUGAUGGACAAUGGGGAGGAGCAGGAAGUGGAUGCCGAUGUCAUUGAGGAGGAUGACAACAAUGAUGACCCUGUCGAAGUUGUACUGAAUCAGCGUGGUGCUGCUGUUCGAGAUUAUUAUGUAAACCUAAAUUAACAUUCGUGAAGAUAAAACAAAAUAGUUGGACCUAUUGUUUGUUAAAACGUAAAUUAAAAUGUUUCUUUUUUUAGUUCGCCUUUUUUAAUACGUUGUGGUAGCCUUGUCAUUUACAAAAGUUUUUUUUUU